ACGUUCACUCCAUGCACGUCCGCAGUGCUGGAGAUGCGUUGUAAGAUUGCUGGCUUGAUUAGCGACGCGUUUGAAAGGCUCUGAAGAUUGUGAAAACGGCAAGAGAAGAUCAUGGAAAAGCUCGUUGCAGUGUUGCUCGUGAGCUGUGUGGCGUGGCUAGGCUCCGUUGAAACCCGUUUCGUGUGCCAUUAUACGACGUGGUCUCGCGAUCGACCCGACGUAGGUUCUUUCCAGAUCAGCGACAUCCCGGGGAACCUGUGUUCGCACGUCGUGUACAACUUCCUGGGUGUGAACGAGUCGUCGUAUCAGCUGGAGUUUCUUCAGCCCAGCUAUGACAUCGACGAGCGUGGGUUGGAGCGAUUCGCUGCUCUUAAAGAUCAGUUCCCUCACCUGAAGCUGGUGAUCGCCGUCGGAGGAUGGGGUCACGGAGGUGCGAAGUUCAGCGAGAUGGCCAAAUCUCGUCCCCGGCGGGAACAGUUCAUCGGGAGUGUCGUGAGGCUGCUGCACCAGUACCGUCUGGAUGGGAUCGAGCUGGUUUGGUUGUACCCGGGCAACUACGAUCGUGGCGGUGUCGUCGAGGAUAAGGACACGUUUCUGUACCUCGUGACCGAGAUGACCGAGGUGUUCCGAGACGAGUCGAAGCAGUGGGAAGUGAUCAUUCAGGUACCGGUCGAUAUAUCUCGCAUGGACGCCGGUUACCACCAGAGGGCGCUGUGUCGUGUGGCCGAUCACGUCCACAUGAUUGGGUACGAUCUGCGUGGCUGGUGGAACAACUUCGCGGACGUGCAUAGUCCGCUGGCGGUUCGGAUGCACGAUAUCACGACGGAAAGCUUCGAAAAGGUGAACGUUGGUGAUGGGGUGGAGGAUUGGCUCGAAAAGGGUUGUCCACCGCACAAGGUUACGCUUGGCGUGGCGCUGUUUGGCCGGACGUACCUGUUGAAUGACCCGCUGGAUAACACGAUCGGUGCAGUCACCAUUGGGCCUGGCGAUCCUGGUCCGUACAGCAACGAAAAGGGCUACCUUGGGUACUGUGAGUUCUGCCAGAACUUAACUAGCAGCGAAUUUAUCACGAAAUGGGACAACGUGGGUCUGUGCCCGUACGCAUACAGCGAAUCGACGUGGAUUGGCUACGAAAACGAGCGAUCGUUGCAGGAGAAGAUCAACUACGUCAAACGGAAGGGUUUGAACGGGUUGUACGCGUUCUCGCUCGAUCUGGAUGACUACCGGGGAGCUUGUGGAGAGCCGUUUCCGCUGACCCGGUACCUUUCGACGUACCAUGACGAGACGAAGAUCAAAGAUUGGCACAUUUUCGCUUCAUCGACGGAGAAAAGGGACUCAAGCGACACGGCCUCGUCGGUAUAGUUGUCACAGUGUAGAUGUAAGCCAACAUGUACAUGUAACCGCUAAAUGAAGUUGUCGCGCGAUGCGUCGAAUAAAAAGCCUAACUUAAUGGAUC